CUCCACCUCUCCCUAAAAUUUCUUUUUCCGUCUCUACCUCUGCCUUUUUCCGUCUCGCACUUUCUUCACCGUCAUCCGCUUCUGAUCUAUGCCUUCUUCACCGCCACCGCCUUCACCGUCAACCGCCCACGACAAUACCCUCUCACUACCGUCACAGUGAUACUUCAGCGCUAAUUUCCGCCAAUUUUUCCUGAAUAUCUGCUGCGAUUCAUCCAGGAGCACUCCAUCUCAAGACAUAAAAGAAAACAUGUUAGAAAAUUAUAAAUGAAAUGCGUAUCUUACCAGAGGCAAAUGUAUACGUAGUUACGUACUUACUACAAAUCUGCAACAUGAACCAAAAGCGUUAAAACGACUUAUAUAGACAAGUUUCAAUGGAAAUUAGCUCUACCUCUACCCGUACAACCAUUGAAGAUAACCGGCGUGAACAAAGACACUCCGCUUAGGCAUUCAGAAAACACCCAUCUCUUAUGUGGCAGGAUCAUACUAUCAGGAGGGAGGCCGUAAAAGAUUAAAAAGGAAUCAAGGUGAGUUAGUAGUAAGAAGAAAGAAAAAAAAGGGUGGACUAGAAGACCAACCAUAGCUUGGAAAUCAUCCGAUCAUGAGCAUAUACGGCAUCCGAAACGACAUUGACGACGCGUUGUCAGCUGCAACAAAUUCGUUGGAGUAUUCGGUAGGGGAGGAGGAGGAAGAUCUGGAAGAGCUGGUGAGGGAGUUGACAUGGAUCAAGUGCUUCAUAACCACUUCCCACAGGACGGAGAUGGGGGUUGAGGUUGCCCGGGUCUGGGUUUCCGCCAUUGAGCGCCUUGUUCACCAAUGUCUUCAUGAUCUUCAUGUUAAACCUACUGCCGAUUUAAAGAAAAGCUGCGCAAGUCUUAGGGAAAAAAUCCAGCCUUUUGUGGUCACCUGUCAGUGCCAUCCCGCUCCCUGAUUCUCCAUCAUCAUCAUCAUCAUCAGAUCCCACUUGCGUGAGAGUCAUGUGUUUGAAUAAAGCUGGCUUUUUUGACAGUAACAGUACUACUCCCUGCCUUUGCCUGUUUCAAUGUUUGAAAAUUGAAACCACCCCACUUAGAAUCAUUUCAUGGCUGUUUGAUUCUUUAUGUUUGAGGGAGGGAGGGAGCAUACCUGUUUGAUGUUUUUGGCUAAUUCGAUCUGUUUCUUUGCCUUUGUUAGAACAUUGUUUGUGCUAAAUAAAUCGGUUUAUGUCCU